CACCAACCAGGAUCCUUUGAUUCGUCCAUCUUCUGCUUAGUGGUGCCGAGGGUCGUGGUUCCUGAGCCGAUGCGGGGAAACAAACCUCUGGGAUAGAACAAACAUGGAGAACCUGCCACGCCUGCGCCGUGAAGAAGACAAUCUUCUUGUAUUUCCCCAGCAGUUGCUUUCAAGAACUAUGUCUCACGAUCUCGACAUCUCGUCCAUCUGCGCCGAGAUCGCUCGGUCCUACUCGCCCUGCGACGUGUCCGACGCGCUGCUGAAACUCCACGUCCCCUCGGCGGGCUUUCUGCGCGACAUCUCGCCCAUCCCCGCGCGCAAUGGCUCCCGCGUCCGCCUCGUGGCGCCCAUCAGCACGGUGCUCUUUGUCGACAACGCCCACACGCCAGGCGCGCAGUACGACGGCCUGAUCGUACCGCCCGAGUCCAACAUCCCGCACGAUAAACACUUCUCCGACAUCGCCCCCGCCGGCUCCGUGGUCCUCAUGCAGCAGCCCGCGCACCAGAUCGCCGCUCUGCUGGGGGACAUCGUGGCCACGCGCUACAAAGUGCGGGGCGUCCGGGGCUGCUUCAUCGACGGCCGGUCGCGGGACGUCGUGGGCUGCGGCGAGCUGUGCCAGGACGGGACCUUCCAAUGCUGGUCCAAGGCGCUCUCGAGCCCCGGCACGAGUCUGCAGGGGAAGCCGUGGGCGGUGGACGUGCCGAUCAAGAUCGGGGAUGUGGUCGUCGAGGCCGGAGACGUGCUGGUGGCGGACGAGGCGGAGAUGGUCUGUUGUGUGAUUCCGCGGGCCAGGUUGAACGAGGUCGUGGCGCUCCUGCCCGUGCAUAAAGAGGCGGACGACGGAUUGUUGGAGGAUGUCAAGGGUGGAAUGGGAUUCAAGGAGGCGAUCAAACGGUGGCCCAAGCAUUAUAGCAAUCAUUGAUGAGAUGCCGGCCGACAGUCGGAGAGUCCUACCCAGUAUCUUGCAAAGAGUGUGCGCUUCUCAGUCGACCAAUCUCCAUUCCACGGACUUUGAUCACUAUCUCUGCGUCUGGGGAGCGAUCCAGAGGAGGAUUCAACUCUUAAAGACAGCUUCGUUUACGCUUCCGGCUGCGUGAAGCAGAC